AUGGGGAGUUGUCCCAGUGUGUUGAUUUGGGGCUUGGAACAAAAGAAAUGGAUCGAGGCCGACUCGUACGUUUUCAUUUUUUCAUCCAAAAAUGGCGUCUUGACGGAGUUUUCGGCUUUGUUGUUCGUGAUGGUGCCCGGGUCGGGGGUGGCGGAUGAGCGGUCGGUUCUGAGCCAUAGGGACUUAGGGUUGCAGGACCUGGACCCCACCCGCAACCGCCUGGACCUGGGCGAGCACCUGGCGCUGUGGGUACCUUGGAGAGCUGAGAGCAUUGCUGGUACGGUGCCGGCGGUAGACGAGGAGAGCCCGGUUUGUCCGGCGCCCGGCGACGAUGGCCUGGUUAUCGACCAGGGCGCAGCCGCCGCGGCCGCUGCUCACCAGAGCAGCCACGCCGGUCUAGGUGCACAGGCGCCGGCGCGACGUGGUGCAGUGGGCCCGUCAGAAAGCAUUAGCGGCGGCAUUACAGGCUGGCAUGAAGGCGCAUCCAGUCUCAAAUGA